AUGCAGACUGCGGGCUUGGGGCUGCAGUCCCGCAACGACAUGCUGUGUGGCGUGUCGGGGCAGUGGACCUGUCCGCAGGCAUUCACUGCCCUGCGCCAGGCCCGGCCUGGGCGGAGCAGGGCAUGCAAUGUGCGGUCUAGCGCUGAGUUCUCGGUAAGCCUGCCGGCGUCGCACCUCCAGUCCUCCCAGCGCGCCCUGCAGAUGCUGAAGGCCACCAAGGGGCUGAACCGCUAUGCCAUGGAGAAGAAGUCCAGCAUCAUCGCCAUCGGCCUGACCAUCCACUCCGCCCCCGUGGAGCUGCGCGAGAAGCUUGCGGUGCCCGAGGCGGAGUGGCCGCGCGCGAUUGCGGAGCUGUGCUCCUACCCCCACAUCGAGGAGGCGGCUGUGCUGUCCACCUGCAACCGGCUGGAGAUCUACCUGGUGGGCCUGUCCUUCCACCGCGGCGUGCGCGAGGUGGAGGACUGGCUGUCCCGUGCCAGCGGCGUCCCCCUUGCCGACCUGCGCCCGCACCUCUUCCUCCUGCGCGACCGCGACGCGACGGGGCACCUCCUCCGCGUCUCUGCUGGGCUGGACAGCCUGGUGCUGGGGGAGGGCCAGAUCCUGUCCCAGGUGAAGCAGGUGUACAAGGUGGGCCAGGCCUGCCCCGGCUUCGGCCGCCACCUGAACGGCCUGUUCAAGCAGGCGGUGACGGCGGGCAAGCGCGUGCGCACCGAGACCUCCAUCUCCGCCGGCGCGGUGUCGGUGUCCAGCGCGGCCGCGGAGCUGGCGGCGCUCAAGCUGCCCGCCCCGGGCCUCCCCGCCGCGCGUGUGUGCAUCGUGGGCGCGGGCAAGAUGUCGCGCCUGCUGGUCAAGCACCUGGCCUCCAAGGGCUGCGGCCGCGUGACGCUGCUCAACCGCUCGCUGGCGCGCGCCGAGGCCCUGGCCGCCGAGUUCCCGGAUGUGGAGUUCCAGCUGGGACUCAUGCCCACGCUGCGCGACGCGGUGGCCGCCGCCGACCUGGUGUUCACCGCCUCCGGGUCGGAGGAGGUGCUGGUGGGGCGCGAACUCCUGGAGGGCCUGCCUCCGGCGCCGCUGGACGGCGUGCGCCGGUUCGUGGACAUCUCGGUGCCGCGCAACGUGGCGGGCGACCUGACCCCCGCCCGCGACGCGGCGGAGGUGUUCAACGUGGACCACCUGCGCGAGGUGGUGGCGGCCAACAGCGCGGGGCGCGCGCGUGCUGCGGCGGAGGCGGAGGAGCUGCUGACGGGGGAGCAGGCCGCGUUCGAGGCCUGGCGCGACAGCCUGGAGACGGUGCCCACCAUCAAGGCGCUGCGCAGCAAGGCGGAAGCCAUCCGCGCGCUGGAGCUGGAGAAGACGCUGGCGCGGCUGGGGGAGGGCAUGACCAACAAGCAGAAGAAGGCGGUGGAGGACCUGACCAAGUCCAUCGUGAACAAGCUGCUGCACGGGCCCAUGACGGCGCUGCGCUGCGACGGCGCAGACCCGGGCGCGGUGUCGCAGACCCUGGCCAACAUGGAGGCGCUGGAGCGCAUGUUCGACCUGGCGGCCAGCACACAGGAGGCCAUCCUGGCCGCCGCCGCCGCGCGCAAGUAG